CGCGCGCGCCGCCCCGCCCCGCCCCGCGCCGCCUCGGCCGCCACCGGAGCCGCUCGGAGCUGCGCGAACAUGGCCGAAGUCGGCGAGGACAGCGGCGCCCGCGCCCUGCUGGCGCUGCGCUCGGCUCCCUGCAGCCCCGUGCUGUGCGCCGCGGCCGCGGCCGCCUCCUUCCCGGCCACCACGUCCCCGCCGCCCCCGGCGCAACCCCCACCCGGGCCGCCCGCGCUGCCCGCCGUGUCCGGUCCCGGGCCGGUGCCCUCUACCGCCGCCACUGCCACCACCACCACCGCGCCCGCCCUGGUGGCCGCGGCCGCUGCCUCCGUGCGCCAGAGCCCCGGGCCGGCCCUGGCGCGCCUGGAGGGUCGGGAGUUCGAGUUCCUGAUGCGACAGCCCAGCGUCACCAUCGGCCGCAACUCGUCGCAGGGCUCGGUGGACCUGAGCAUGGGCCUGUCGAGCUUCAUUUCCCGGCGCCACCUGCAGCUCAGCUUCCAGGAGCCUCACUUCUAUCUUCGCUGUCUCGGCAAGAACGGCGUCUUCGUGGACGGGGCCUUCCAGAGGCGCGGAGCGCCCGCCCUGCAGCUACCCCAACAAUGCACCUUCCGGUUCCCGAGCACAGCCAUCAAGAUCCAGUUCACGUCCCUGUACCAUAAAGAGGAGGCCCCAGCAUCCCCCCUGCGGCCACUCUACCCACAGAUCUCCCCACUGAAGAUUCACAUUCCGGAGCCGGAUCUCCGGAGCCUCGUCAGCCCCAUCCCUUCCCCGACUGGCACCAUCAGUGUCCCCAACUCCUGUCCAGCAAGUCCUCGAGGGGCUGGGUCAUCCAGUUACCGCUUCGUCCAGAAUGUGACCUCCGACCUUCAGCUGGCUGCAGAGUUCGCUGCGAAGGCAGCCUCUGAGCAGCAAGCAGACACGUCUGGCGGAGACAGCCCCAAGGACGAGUCGAAGCCACCGUACUCCUAUGCGCAGCUGAUAGUGCAAGCCAUCUCCUCGGCCCAGGACAGGCAGCUAACACUAAGUGGCAUCUACGCCCACAUCACCAAACAUUACCCUUACUACAGGACUGCCGACAAGGGCUGGCAGAACUCUAUCCGACACAACCUCUCUCUUAACCGAUACUUCAUCAAAGUCCCUCGGUCCCAGGAGGAGCCUGGGAAAGGCUCUUUUUGGCGAAUAGACCCUGCCUCAGAAGCCAAGCUCGUGGAACAAGCAUUCCGAAAGCGGAGACAGAGAGGUGUCUCCUGCUUCCGCACCCCCUUUGGGCCCCUGUCCUCACGGAGUGCUCCAGCUUCACCCACCCACCCAGGACUGAUGUCCCCUCGUUCUAGUGGCCUGCAGACCCCAGAGUGCCUGUCUCGGGAAGGCUCCCCCAUUCCACAUGAUCCCGACUUGGGGUCAAAGUUAGCCUCUGUUCCAGAGUAUCGCUAUUCCCAGAGUGCCCCAGGCUCCCCUGUCAGCGCCCAGCCAGUGAUCAUGGCUGUCCCUCCCCGACCUUCCAACUUAGUGGCUAAGCCUGUCGCCUACAUGCCAGCUUCCAUAGUGACCUCACAACAGCCUUCAGGCCACGCCAUCCAUGUGGUCCAGCAGGCCCCCACCGUCACCAUGGUGAGGGUGGUUACCACCUCCGCUAACUCAGCCAACGGGUACAUCCUGGCUAGCCAGGGCUCGACCGGGACCUCCCACGACACAGCAGGCACAACCGUGUUGGACCUGGGCAAUGAGGCUCGAGGUUUGGAAGAGAAGCCCACCAUAGCAUUUGCCACAAUCCCCGCAGCCAGCCGAGUUAUCCAGACGGUCGCCAGCCAGAUGGCUCCAGGAGUCCCUGGACACACAGUCACCAUCCUGCAGCCGGCUACACCAGUGACUAUCGGGCAGCACCACCUUCCGGUCCGGGCUGUCACUCAGAAUGGAAAGCAUGCUGUACCCACGAAUAGCUUGACUGGCAAUGCUUAUGCCCUCACCAGCCCCCUGCAGCUCCUGGCAGCCCAGGCGAGUUCAUCCACGCCAGUGGUCAUCACCCGGGUGUGCGAGGUAGGGCCUGAGGAGCCAACAGCAGCCGUCUCAGUGGCCACUAAUGCCGGGCCGACCCCGGCCAUCUCCACUACCACAUCUGCCUCUUCCAGCGGGGAGCCUGAAGUCAAGAGGUCCCGAGUAGAGGAGCCCAGUGGGACAGCCACCACACAGCCCACAGCUAUGGCAGCCACCGGCCCUCAGGGCCCAGGGACCGGUGAGUGAAGUGUCACCUGCAGUGGAGUGAAACUCACGCCACAGGAGCCCUAGUGGCCAGCAGCUGCAUUCAAGGACCGAGUGGCAAAGCUCACAAUGGCUUGCAGCCCUCAUGCAGGUGGCCACCACACUUGGACAAUUUCCUUUUUAUCUCCUGUCCUCCCAUGGUUUGAAACAAACACAUAAACACGUUCAGACAACUUGAUUGUAUGAAUCUGGGGGUUCUGUGUGUUUAUUUACCCCUCUCUCAUGCCAUCGCCUCUCCCCAGUUCUUGGGAGAGAAGGUCUAGCCAGCUCCUCAGGAAUGGAUCCCAGGCAGCACCGACAACAAGAGCCUGAGCCCCAGGACUGGACAGAAGCACAGUGCAAACCCAGGCUCCUCUCCUUGGGAGCGGGUCCAUGGACUUUCUAUUUGUGACUGAUCCAGGAACAGACCAGAAAACAGAGAAUUGCAAGAAUUUCCUAGCCACAGGCUAAGAUACAGAGCCCUCUCCCCAAAAGUAACAGAGGUUGUGACAUUAACUGGGGUCAGGGAGGUCUACUUUGGCUUUGGACCCUAAAUAUUUCUUUCAGCUAAAUAUGGAAUCUGGGCUCAUCUCAAACCGGAGACACACAGAGGGGGCCAUGUGUCUUUGAGGUUCCCUUUUGUAAGCAGCCAAGCAACAACAAGCCCAGGCACUCGCCCACACCAGCCCCUGGUGAACAUGCCGCUCUCCCCGAUAACUCCAAGAAGGAUGGGCGGCUCCCAUGUUGAUGUAUCAAAGUGCUUUGGGUUGAAAGUCAACCCAGGGCCAGUGCCCACAGCACCGAAUGAGUUGAGAGCUGCAAGCUACAAACGGAUAUCCAGGAAACCUGAGCCAGCUCCAAGGGAAGUCGGUCAGCCACUUGCUCAGCAGGGAGGAGGAUAGUAAGUGGCAGCGGAAGACAGCGGGGGGAUUUGUGUGAUAUCUGUUCACACCAUCUCCUCCCUCCCACCUCCCUAUUCCAGUUUCUUGAGAACCCCAAGACCUGUCCAGUUUGAAAAUGGAAACCCUCUUUUCCACCUGAAGCUGGGGUCCCUGGCCAUUAUCCUCCGGAAAGGAAACUACCUCUCCGGACAGCAGUUGGUGCCAAGUUUGAUUACAGUGCAGCAAGAACCAAAGUGUGGGUGUCAGCUGAGGACUUGGACUCCCAGGGAAGGUCCCUUUGCCUGCCGGACAAGCGACCAACAGCACUUUAACAUACACCACACCAAGUUUUGUGAGCAGGAGCCAUCAAAUGUUCCCCUCUGUGGGAAUGAGAGUUGGUUUUGUAGAAGCAGUCAUGGGGGCUGUGUGACAGGAGAUUUCAAGGCAGCCAGAAACUCAGUGUUGGUCCUCUUGGAGGAUGGUCGGUAAGCAACUAGCAACAGCUUGGACAGAGAGCCCCAUGAGAGGCGGCCCUGUCCUUGGUAUCAAACCACCCACCAGCCAGCCGCCUUUUUCUGCCUGGUGCCAGUCAGAAGAGCCCAGAGGGCCCUGUGGGCAAAGAGCAGGCUGUACAAGCUGCCUUUGCUGGAAGGGACUCCAGACCGGGAGUCUGUGACAGGAGAGCAGAUGAUCAGGCUGGAUAAGUCCAAGCUCCGCUGUGUGGCUGCUGCCAUUGAAUCCACCACUCCGCCACACACACCAGGGACCAGUGCGGAGUGCCUGCUUCCUCCCUUGAGCUAUCUCCCAAGCUCCCCAGCCAGUCAUUUCUGUAAUACUCAGCUUCAAGCCAGAAGUAAGCUGUGUUUUGGAGGCCUCCUGCCUGUGGCCUGGGAGGUUUCAGAGAAGUGGGGCUGGUGAGGUAGUGGCUGGGGAGGGUUUUCCAGGUGGACCUGCCCCUCAGAUUUGGGUGGAGGGCUCUGUCUCAUAUCUCCCCUUGGUACCUGGCAUGAAUUUCUGUGUGUAUGUCGUGAGCGUGGGGUUAGGGAGGAACGAAUAGGGUGGAGCUCUGAGUUGCCUAGGGAGCUGAGGUGACAAGGGACAUUGGUGCCAGCUGCUGAUCUUCCCCUCCAUCACCCUUUACUCCAAGGCUGUCCAUGGUCACCCUCUAAGGCAGAUUAAGAUUGCAGAUGGUGAUGGUAGGCACUGUGUAUGGCCCCUGCUUGGAACUGUGGGUCAUCAGUCGCCACAUCUAUCAUCAGGGCUCCUCAGUCUGGCCCUGAGCAGGUUGCUGUCCUGGUUCCUGAAAUGUUGUGGGCUCUAUGCUCUGAGGCAGACCUUCUCACCAUUAACGGGGGUUGGGGGCCGGGGAGUGGAGGGGUGUGUGGAAGGAUGCGGAGAGAGAGUGGGAACACACACUGUCCCAGUACAUGGCCUGAACUACAUAGGAGGAGGCUAGUCUGGUGCUGCUGCUCUGGGGACUGGAUUUGGUCAUCUAUUGGGCAGCAUCCCUGGCUCGUGCCAGCUUCUGCCCAUAGCCUUAGACCCCAGAUAGCCAGUGCUCAGAUCAGGGAUGCACAGCUAGCCAAAACGUGCUCCUGUGAGCUCUGAGCCACCAGGUGGUGUUCAGCUAGAGCUGGGAUUGGGAGCCAGGAGGCCAUGUCCAUCCACUGUGUGGCCCAUGGCUGGCAACCCUGGAGUGCCUCACUAAGCCCUGGGUUGGGGGAACAGUUCAGGAGCAGAUGUGAAGCCUGGGGAGCUGUUCCCCAGGGGCUCCGGUCUCUGGCAUGGCUUCAUCUGAGCUUGUCUUGUUGGUAAGUGUUCCCUGGUAGACCAGGUACCUGACUGUCCACACAUCCUCUCUCUUGUACUUCAUACUCAGUGCUCUCCAGACUCAUACAUGCAGCAGACAUAGGAAGUCACCACAGCAGCCACAAGUGAGGAGACCCUGCCUGGGAGCCUGCCUGCUCUCUCUCUUAUUUCUCCCCAUCCGUCUUCCUCCUCCUUCUCUCUCUUCCUGUCUUUCCCUACCCCCUCCUUGCCUCUUCUGUCUUUUCCCCACCCCCUGUCUCAGCUUUUAGCCUGGCAUCCAGGGCAUGAUAGACAUAUCUAUACUAUCAGCUCUUGAGCCUUGCCUUUGUGCAAGGUGGGGUGUCUGUCUCACUGUCCAUGAGGAAGCCCCAGGGCCUCGUCUCCUGCUUCCUGUGUCCUCACAGUCUAGGGACCUACCACCUCCCCAACCCAUCCCGCAGCACCAGGCCCACCAGGAUCUGAGGUGGUAGGCACUGUUCAUCUUCCUUCUGAAAGGAAGAAUGGCUGCCUGCAGUAUUCUGCGAGAGCUGGUAAUGGGCAGAGCCAGGUGAUGGGGCCAUGUCUUCCUUUAUAGACGGGCACCCCUUGGGCAGUGGUAAAGCAGUGUAAGGUGAGGGUUAAAGUUAGUGAAGUGCAAGAAGGAAUCCUUCCCAUAGAGAGGAAUGGGUGAUGGGUAGAAUGUGACUGUUCUAACUCAGAAUCCUCAAGUUGCAUGUCACCUAUGUGACACUGCACACCCUGGGCACCCUGCUCACCCAGUCCCUCCCUCUCCAUCCGAAUGGCACAGUGCCUGCUUGGAAUAAGCCAGAAAGGGAUGUGAGUUUCAAUUCUGGUGAAAGAUGUCUCAUGUGUGGGAAACAUCACAUCCUGAUCAAGAGUAGCAAAGUCACCACAGAUUGCCACAGGGUACCCCUAGUUUUAGGUCAGGGUAACAGAGCAGUCGCCUGUAUCCUUGCUCCAGUCUUUGAGAAUACCUCUGCUUAGAAUCAAUAUUAUAAAGGAUAAUUCAAGCUGUUCCAAAGAUUGCCACUGCAGACACCGCUUCCCUCCAGAGCAGGGCCUCUGACGGAUGCUUUGGCUUUUGGGGUGGGGUGGGCGGGGCAGGGAGCAGAGCAUCGCCAAGGCCUUCCACCUGUCGAUUCAGUCCUGUUCCCGAUUUAAUGUUCCCUUUCAUCUUGGGAGUUCUCUUGAACUCAGAGUGGUUCUUGCACCCACCUGCUUGUUGGGCUCUGGGUUUUUUGUUUUGUUUUGCAUUUUGUCUGUUUGGGUUUGUCCUGCAAGGUGAGAGCUAGCCAGUGGUCUACCACUCAGCUGCACUCCCAGACAUUUUGAUUUUUUAAACUUGAGGUGGGACUCACAAAGCUGCCCAAGCUGGCCUUGAACUCCCAAUACUCUUGCUUCAGCUUCCUGAAUUUCUGGGGUGAUGGGCCUACAUGCUGCCAUGGCCCAGCGCUGUUUGCAUUUUGUCUUGUUUUCUGUUUGCGUACCAAAAGCUGCUACACUGGUGACACAGCAGGGUGUGGCCUAGGUGCCCCCACAGACUGGCAUGUAGCACCCACUUCCCACAGCCUGGGGACUGUCCAAGAGACACUUCUCUCUCUCUUUGCCAUCCCUGACCCCUGAAGUCACAGCUGGUCAGCAAGUGAACAUUUUUGAACCAACCACAGAUGUUUCCUUAGGGAAAAUAGUUCUGGGAGCCUGCUGUUAAAGAACAAAAGCUGCCCGAGUGGUCCUGCCUGCUGGUCCUGCCUGCUCCUCUGCUCUUCUCCACUACCCCAAGCUUCCCUCUAGCAGGCCUCAGCUGUGCUGCUGCAGGAAAAAUCCUAGAACCUACACCGCCCCCCACCCCACCCCAAGGCAGGGCUGUCCCACAGAUGAGGCCAGCCGCAUGCCUUCUCCAGAGGUUCCACCUGGGUGUGAGGCAAGACGGGGUCCUCGGAAGGAGGAAGUGGCCAACUAGAGGGAGAGCAGCUUGGCAAAGAGCUGGGGAGGUGAGCUUGUGGGACUGGAGGCUGAGGCCUGCCCCACUCCCAUCUUAGCCAGUGCAAGCAGUGGUAAAGAGAGUGGGAUCCCUUAAUGAGGAUGUCUGUCUGUCUGUCUGUGUCUCUCUCUCCCUCAAAGUACUUCAUUUCCAUUGUGCUUCAGUCACAAUGAAAAGCAUGUGUUUCUGUACUUGGGCUAAGCUGUCAAACACAGGCUGCCUAGGACCCCCAGGACCUCUUCCCCCAAGCCCCUGUCUGCACCCCAGCCCCUCCAGCCCUGUCUUGUGAGAGUUAGAGCCUGCUGCUUUACCUCUGGGAUCCUGUUCCUGUGACUACUCACAAGGUGAUCGGUGUGGAGGAACCUGGGCCCCAGGCACCCCCAAAAGCCUGAGUUCAGACAGUGGCCAGGUGUGGUCCACAACCCUGGUCUGUAUGUGAAGCACUUGCCGCCAUUCGAGCAACCUCAGCACUGUCCCGAGUCCCUGGGACUGGCUGACCCUGCUAGAAUGAGCUCUAUGAUCCACUAAGUGUUCAUGUUCUCUGUCCCGUAUGUAUCCAAAUGGCACCUUGGCUUCUGAGUCAGAAUUCACUGGCUUAGAACUUUUGUUUUUGAUUGGUAAAACUAGGAAUUCAAAAAUCUUAAUCUUCAAUUUGGUCCCUUUCUCCGCCCUUCCUGGGUGGGAGGGGCAUUUGGGAUCCCUGAUAAUACCUUAGCUUGAUUCCUGGGCUGGGAAAAGGUGGUGGGGAUGGGGAGGGAUGACCCUAGCUGUUUUCCAGGUAUCUCCUUGGAUUCUGCUGUGUUCUUGGGGGGGCGGGCAGCAGCUGUGCACGUGUGAGGGAGGGGCUAAAGCCAAUAGUGAGGUGGUUCUUUUUCUUAACUGAAUGAUAAAUCUGUAAAAGUAAUUUGGGGGGGGGGGGGGGGUGUUCAGGGAGUAUGUGUGUGUGUGAGAGAGAGCAUGUGUGAUUUUUGUUUUGUUUUGUUUUUUACAGUGGCUGUCAAGUAUUUUCAUGAUAUGUUUAACACAUAGUGCUUUAAAAACAGUGGUACCCAAUAUGAUGGGAAUCUGAGUUCCAGAGAUGGGACGUGCCCCACCUCAGUGAGCAAAGGUCCCACUCUGGAGGCAGGGGUAAGAAAGGCCUGCGGACCCACACACCAAGCAGCAACACCUGGGCGUUCAUUUCAAACAGGAUACAGUAUUUUUUUAUAACCGAACCAUCCUUUUUUUAAAAAAAAAAAAAAGUUUUGACACCUGAAUGUGAUUUCUAACUAUUAUUAGAUGUUAAUGUUUUAAAGCUAUAACAAAGUGGAACUUUCUACUUUCUUUUUCAUUCAUUUGAACUGUUCUUUUAUCUAUUCAGUUGUAUGUGGGUGGGGAAGUUCUGUUUUCUCCUCUUAGUAUUUGUUUCUAUAACCAGAAAUAAAAAUUAUAUAUUAAAGAGAUGUACCCACA